CUCUCCCAAAGAAAGCCGAGCGUUGACAUCCACUCCUCCACAGGAGAGACAUACUUAAGAAACGGUGCAGCUGCACCCAGUCAACAGCCUGUCAAUCAACAAACCGUGUAUGUCAUUAGGUGUGAACUAUACUAUAAACUUACUCCAGUCUUUCUGAUGUGUUUACAUCAGCACUACAUCACGGGGAGUGAAUACAAAGAGAAGCGACCAACAGUAACCAUCAACCAUGAAUCUUGAACCACCUAAACCAGAGAUCAAAUCAGCCACCCGUGUCACCGGUGGUCCCGCCACACCACGCAAAGGACCGCCCAAGUUCAAGCAGAGGCAGACUCGCCAGUUCAAGAGCAAACCACCAAAGAAGGGUAUCCAAGGUUUCGGAGAUGACAUCCCUGGCAUGGAAGGUUUAGGCACUGACAUCACUGUCAUCUGCCCCUGGGAGGCCUUCAACCAUUUGGAGCUUCACGAGCUGGCUCAGUAUGGUAUCAUCUGAGCUUGUUACCUUCCCAUCAUCCUCUGUGCAGUUCAGACCCCUUCCUGUCACGUUCUCCAAACCACCUGCCUCCAUCCUGGCCAUCGUCUCCACGUGGACCAUUCCAACUUUUAUAACAGAAUAAAACAGCAACGUUUAUAAAAAUGGAAAAACUAAGAAAAAUCAACAUCAGCUAAAAAAAAUCUACCUGACUAUCCAUCCCUCCGGUUUCUUUUGUUUCUUGCAGUCCAAGAACUCGUUCUGCUCAAACUAUAGAACAGAAAACCUAUACGAUCCUGUCAGAUCGCGUUCUGUUUGCCUAGAAAAACUGCAGCACUUUUCCUUUGCUCUUUUUCUACCCUCCCUGUUUUCUUCUGGAACAUGAAGCAAGCAAGCAAGACAGCCUCAGAGUGAGUAAAAGCGUCACGUACCCGUGAAAUGAAUGGCUUCUCGUUUCACGUGCCUCGGUGCCUCCUCUGUCCACCUUCGCCGAGUUCAUAAGAAAAGAUCAAAGUCCUGUAGAGAUGAAACACCCUGCUGGCCGACGUUAGAUUCCAAAAAUGUUAUUUCAUCACACUAUUUCCCCAUCAAGCUACCCAGUUGGGUAAUAAUGCAGAUUUUAAAAGUUUCAUCCUUUUUUAUUUUUGUGUAUUCCAUAUAAGGAUACCCUCAGGAACAAUUCAUUUCUUUAAAAUCAUAUUAUCUUUGCUUUGCAAACCCCCUUCAUUCAAUGCAUUCAUAUUGUUAGCAUACAUACAUUUUAUUUUUAAUUCUCGGUUUCAGUAGGUCUCUCAGGUGACUGUUAGGGAACAGUGUUGGGCUGUCAUGUCUUGCGUUUCUUUCAUUCGUGAUCAUUAAUUGUGUAGUUAUUUUACUGCCUGUCAUCUUCAUCAUCACAUCCCUCUUUAUCAUUGUGUCCCAUUUUAGUAUCAUUUCUAUCUAAUGUAUUCAUUACUUUCCAUUUGUAUAUUUAAUUGUAUUAUAUUAUUCAUUUAAAUGUCCUGUAUCUUUCAUAGAUUUAUGAUUUUCUUUCACUUCAUUGGCAUUGUGUCACAUAUGUUUAUUUCCCUAUGUUUAUGUUUAUUGCAUGCUCUAUCUUUCACUAUUUUGUUUAUGUUCAUUCAUUUAUUUGUUCAUCCAUUAGUUUAGACAAAUUCUAAGUUUUUAUUUAGUAGAAAAAGCCCACUUCCUGCACAGAUCCCUGUGUGUCCAACUAUAAAUGAUAAUAAAUAUAAAGUUGAAAAGAUGUGGUUUGCACAAGCAUGAACAUAUGUUAAUUUUGCACAGAUCCUUUAUAUGUGUUAGGAUUGUGUGUCCUCAAGUUCUGAGUGAAGUUCUUUUGAGUUGUUUAGGCCUGUAUUUUGCAGAUAGUGUUUCAGGCUGAGCAUGUAUCUGUUUUGAAGGCAUGUUUGAGGGUUGACAACAUCAGUGACUAAAGUGAAAAUUUCUCUCUACAGGAUGAGAUCAAAAUAAAGCUUGAAAAAAAA